CAUGAAAAAGUGACAAAAGCUUUCCAUGAAUGUUCCCAACACACAACCUGAACUCCUACACAGACCUGGUUGUGGAAGGAAGAGAGAGGUAAGUCCAUGUAAAAAAAAAUACACAGUAUGUACUAGUAAUUUAAAUUCUUCUACACUGUAGAAUUUGAACCACACAAAUAAUGCAAUUAUUUUUUUUGUUUUCUCACCGUGAUAUACUUUCUGUGAUGUGCUGUAGGUAUAUUUUUUUUUCUUCUUCUGGCUCACAGAUUAAAUGGUGAGGCUACAAAGUGCUGUCCCCUUCAUUGGGAUUCUCUUUUUGUUUCAGAGAUCUACUGCUCAGAUACCUCCGCAGUACCACCUGAUCAAUGGCCCCCUGACCUGGUAUGAGGCACAGAGCUUCUGCCGAGUAAAGUACACCGACCUGGCAACCGUUAACAACAUGGGCGACAAGAACGAGCUGGUCAAAAUGCUGGGCAGUCGUGUGGCGUACAGCUGGAUCGGGCUGCGGAAAGGAACGACUGGCAGGUUGAUGUGGUCCGAUGGCAGGGGCACACCACACUUCACCAAGUGGUUUGAAGGUGAACCGAACAACGACGGAGGCAAUGAAUUGUGUGUCGAGAUGAAUGAGGAUGGCAUGUGGAAUGACGUAUGGUGUGGAGAGGAUAACGGUUUUGCUUGUUAUGAAGUCCGGCAGGAUGGCAUGGUGAGGUAUGUGGUUUACUUCGGAGGAGCAAACUGGGUGAACAGUCAAGAGCAGUGCAGAAGUAAGCACACUGACCUGGCCUUUAUAAGCACCGAAUCGGAUAAUUCUGUGAUUGCCGAAGUAGCCGGCAAAUGGAAAAAAAACGUGUGGAUUGGUCUGUUCUAUGACACCUGGAUGUGGUCGGAUGGAAGAGAAACUUCCUUCAGGUACUGGCUGAGCGGCUCGGAAAAUUGGGGAGACUGUGCUUCUGUUGCCGUGUCACACGGCACGGGACGCUGGGUUGGCGCUAAUUGUGACGCGAAGGCCACGUUUGUCUGCCAAGGCGGUCUCAAAGUAAAGAGGAUGGUAAUAAGGAUGACGGUGAGCUCUGAUGUCGACUUCACUAACUCCACAGUCAGCGAUGCAUUCCUGAAAAAGUUGGAGACGGGCCUGAGACAACAGCAGGUGACUGAUUUUAAUCUCAGCUGGCGAAGUGACAACAAUGGACUCAUCUUCCAACGCCAUGAGCAGUUGGAGGUCGCCGAGACCGGAUGUUAAUUGUUCAGCCGAGGUGCCCAUAUUAAUUCAAAACAACUGUUGGGGGUUAAAGUGGGUUGAAUUGUACUGUUGAAGAAUUGAAAGUGAUCAUUUUAAUACUGUAUCUAGCUUUGGUGUAUUUAUAAACUGUUUGUAUAAUUGAUGUAUGCAUCUUCUUGAAACCUAAACAUAUUCUAACCUAUUUAUUAAGUAAAUGAAUUGCUCAUGUUGAAGUGGUAUUUUAGAAUGAGAGUUUAAGUCUGUGCUUUUAUUUUUGAUUAAAUAACAUUUUAUCUGCAAAUAUUCUCUUCUGUUGUCAACAUUUACAUUUGUGCUUAUUACAUGUGAGUGAAUUUAUCGUGGUGCACAAACUUUCUGUGAUUUUGUGGAUUAUAAGAAUCUCUUUAAUGUGGAGUUUUGAAUACAUGAAAGGUGAUGUUCAUGUUCACUAUGAAUUGUUACUUAAUGUGAUUACCCAUGUUCUGAUGUCAGAAUGUCAAUCAUAAACCAUUUGUCAUUAAAGAAAAAGAUAAAAAAACAAGACCUUUAAUUAAUGUGAUAUUAAUGUGUUUAUACUGUAUGGUUGCUUAUGUUUUUGUUGUGUUAAAAGUAGAAAAAAAAAAGAAGUCUUAAAUCACUUUCUCAAUCUCUGAAGUGAUUUUUUAGACUACAGGUAUGAUGGUUUAACCUGUCAACUAUCUUAAUCCUGCCAGAAAUUGUGUAAAUGCUUUACGGUACACUUGUAGUCAAACACAUGUUGAAUACACCAUCACACACCUUGGUGGGUUUGCAUACAGUAUGGAUCAUUUAACCCUGCAAACUCUGCACAUUGUCCUUUGG